AUGUCUGACGACUCCUCCAAACCUUCCAUCCCCGAAUGGCAGCGCAAAGCCUCAUCAGCCUUGUCUUCAACUGAUCAGAACGCCUCCGUGGAUAAGCCAACUGAGGAGACCACCUCGACCGAGGACGAACAGACAACAAGCUCCUCUGAUAGAUCAGCUCUUCUAGAACAGGCAAAGACAUUCCUCGCCGACCCAGAAAUCCGUGAUGCCACGACAACACGCAAAAUAAAGUUCCUCGAGUCAAAGGGUUUAACAAACGACGAAAUCGACUCAUUGCUCGGGGUAAGCCGCAAUAAAGAUGCGCCGAUAACUCCAGAGACGAACGACCCAAGUAGCAGCCAAGCGAUGAUCCAAAGUGACACAGCUUCUGCGACAGCCAUAGCAACCACACCACCGUCCAAUACGACGCCCUCGCCACGAGAUGUGCCGCCAAUAAUAACAUAUCCCGAAUUCCUCGUUAAUGCCUCAGCGCAGGGCAAACCUCCGCUCAUGUCCCUUCGCACUGUGUUAUAUACCCUUUAUGGCGCAGCUGGUUUGGGUGCGACGUUCUACGGUGCUAGUGAAUUCCUAGUGAAACCUAUGCUCAGAUCGCUGGGUGAUGCCAGACACGAGCUGGCCGAAACCGCAUUGGCCAAUUUAUCGACUUUGAAUGAGAAACUGGAGAACAAUGUGUCGAAAAUACCAGUACGCCCACUGUCAGAGCAGCUUGCAGAUGACGGUGAAGACGAUGAAACGGAGUCGAUCACAUCCGACCCAACCGAGGUCUUUCAUCGCGACAUUGCAACACAAACAACCCCGGAGCUAUUGAACGAUACCCCCGGCACCUUUGGCACAAUCUCAACCGGCACAGAUGACAAUCCACACAAAGUGGUAGACUCCCAUAAACAAACCCUUGCCAAAAUCGCCUCUCACCUCCAAGAUUUCGUAUCUGACCACACCACAUCCGGCGAACUCGACGAUACGAUGCGAAACCGGAUUGCAGAUCUACAAUCAUACCUGGACGGACUCAAAUAUUCGUCGUUUAAUUCAUAUCUCAGCAACAAUAAUCUGUAUAAUAAUAGCUAUAACUAUUCAGUCGGCGGCUGGGAUCCGAAUCGAGGCGGUAAUAAGUCCAAGGAGGAAGAUGCGAUCUCAGCUUUUAGAGCGGAGAUCAGAGGUGUCAAGGGUGCGCUAUUGAGUGCGAGGAAUUUUCCGUCUGGGAGGCCUGCGGGGGUUACGAGGUAA